GGUUCUAUAGAGAAAGUGAUGAGAAGUAUAUUCAACAUUCCUGCUGAGAAGGAUACACGAUUAUGGAAUAGGUAUAUGAGCAACACUUACGAAUUACUUAGCAAACCAGAAAGUACUGUUCAAGAUGCAGGCCUUUACCAAGGGCAGGUAUUAGUAAUUGAGCAGAAGAAUGAUGAUGGUACAUGGCCCCGACAGACACCUUACACGAUAUCAAGUACCACAACAAGCAGAAAUGUUGGGGUUUCUUCCAGUUCAGCAGACAGUCCAUCAGCAACUUCCUCUUCUACAAUGGUAAACGGAGAAUGUUUUAACUCAAGUGGAUUCAGUAGCAACUUCAGCAUUGGUAGGGGUGGUUCUAGUUCUUCCUAUAACAGCUCCUACAGUUACAGAGAGUCUAGUUCUCAAACACAGCCAGGGCUAUGCGGGCUUAGUAAUCUUGGAAAUACCUGUUUCAUGAAUUCCGCAUUGCAGUGUUUAAGCAACACUCCACCUUUAACGGACUAUUUUCUUAAAGGUGAAUACUGGGGAGAGAUAAAUAAAGAGAACCCUCUAGGCAUGAUGGGAAAAAUUGCUGAAGCUUAUGGUGAGCUUAUUAAGCAGAUGUGGUCUGGGAGGCAUUCUUACGUUGCACCACGAGAUUUUAAGAUGAAGGUUGGCAGUUUUGCUCCACAGUUCUCUGGAUAUCAGCAACAAGACUCUCAGGAGCUUUUGGCAUUUCUUCUAGAUGGCCUACAUGAGGAUCUUAACAGGGUGAAAAAGAAACCAUAUCUUUACAUUACAGAUGCCAACAACAGGCCAGAUAAGGUGGUUGCAGAAGAAUCUUGGAGGAAUCAUCGGUUGAGAAAUGACUCUGUUAUAGUAGAUAUUUUCCAUGGCCUUUUCAAAUCCACUUUAGUCUGCCCAGAGUGUUCCAAAAUAUCGGUAACAUUUGAUCCCUUUUGCUAUUUAACUCUUCCACUGCCUAUGAAGAAAGAUCGUGUAAUGGAAGUCUGCCUUGUUAGCACAGACCCACUCUCCAGACCUGUGCAGUAUAGAGUCAUUGUUCCAAAGAUGGGUGCAGUGAAUGACCUUUGUACGGCUCUCUCUAAACUGUCUGGUGUUCCUGCAGACAAAAUGGUUGUGACAGAUGUGUAUAACCACCGGUUUCAUAAAAUCUACCAGAUGGAUGAGGGGUUGAGCCACAUUUUGGACAGAGAUGCUAUUUUUAUACUUUACAUAAAAACAUGUGAAAAGGACAGCAGUUCAGACGAGCAGACUGCGGACAGUGAGGUUUGCAAUGGACCCAUUGACACGUGUGAAGGAGAUGAAGAGAUGGAUCACCAGGGCCUUUCUUGUGAGUCAGAAGAUGGUCAUUCAGAGGGUUCUGAAAAGGAUGCUUCUGAGGAAGUGGAGAAUAUCACCUCUAACAGUCCAAAGAAACCAACCACUCAGAAGAGUAAAUCACUUUUUAGUGUUAGUGUUGUCAAUUCCUAUGGAGUAUCGGAUAUAAAUUCCUUCGGAGAGGGAAAGCUCCCUAAACUAAACUCGCACUCUAUCAUUGCUGUUGAAUGGGAUUCUGAGACAAAGAAGCAAUAUUAUGAAGAACUGGAACCAGAGAGCUUUGAGAAGCACGACAGCAUGUUGCAGCCUCAGAAGAAGAAAACCGCAGUGGCACUGGAAGAGUGUAUUGGCCUCUUUACAACAAUGGAGACACUAGGUGAACACGACCCCUGGUACUGCCCUAAUUGUAAAAAGCAUCAACAAGCUACCAAAAAAUUUGACCUGUGGUACUUGCCACCAAUUUUAGUGGUGCAUUUGAAACGCUUCUCUUACAACAGAUACUGGAGGGAUAAGCUUGACACGAUAGUGAAUUUUCCUAUACGAAAUUUAGAUAUGUCAGAGUUUGUUUGUGAUCCAGAGGCUGGACCUUGCGUGUAUGACCUCAUUGCAGUUUCAAACCAUUAUGGAGGAAUGGGAGGCGGCCACUACACUGCCUAUGCAAAGAAUAAAAUUGAUCAGAAGUGGUAUUACUUUGAUGACAGCAGUGUUUCCAUAGCAUCUGAAGAUCAAAUCGUGACGAAGGCAGCCUAUGUCUUGUUUUACCAAAGACGAGACUCUCAGAUUACAACUAGUCGAGAAGAAAAAGAAGAGAAAGAGGAGGAGGAGGGAAAGGAGGAGGAGGAGCCAGAAGAGGAGGAUGUUUGUGAAGACUUUAUGGAUACCAACUGAAACUGCUGCAUAGACUGAGACUGUUAAAUGGCUAUUUCUGGGGAAUGCAAUAAAUGAAGCCUUUACGGACAAAUUAUUGGUUUGCUUUGUUCAAGUAGCAGACUUGUACAGCAUGAGUGGAAUAAUAAUGUUGCUGACUUGCCAUUACUGGGAUGGGUUGCCAAUACAGUCUUUGUGAAACUGCCCAUGUAUAUUUUUAACUGAAUUCCUAUAUAAAGUCGGUUCCUUGCUUGAAUGACAGAGAAGUCCAAAACCGCUAAACUACAGUUGAGAUAAACUUGAGCAGAAGCCUACUUUUUUAAGACUUUUGUAUUAGCUCACAGACAAGCAUCUCAGAUGGUGACCAAGUCAUUGUAUUUACUGAACGCAUUUACCAUAAACAGCUGUUUUGGGACUUUGAUGGUCUGUGCAACAUUAGCACUAGCGGCCUUUUGUAAUGUAUGAUGUUCUUCAUAAGGAUCAUUAUUGCACUGCAUUAAUAAAUUAAUAUGAUUUA